CAAAGAACAAGGCAGCCAAUCCAAACUUUCCAUUUUCAAUCAUGUGACUUUGAAACCCGGAAUAACAACAACAACAGCUCGGACUUUAAUCCCAGAAACAUACCAGCGGUUCCACAGAGAGGUGACGUUACCGGAGCAGGUACGUGACGUUACCGGAGUGGAUAGGUAAAGUUACCGGAGAAGGAUAACGAUGAAGGAGGCUCUGCUCCACGUGUCGGCGGGUUUCCUGCUGUGCAUCGCCUGGGCGAACACUAACCUGUUCGACGGAGUCCCGGUGGACUUGUCUUUAGACCACUACGCAGAGAAACCGGUAGACUAUCUGCCCGCCUUCCUGGCGAUGCCCGGUAACUGUCUGGUGAACCUGCUCUACAUCUACCUGGGUCUGUACUGGCUGCUGUGGCGCGGAGGCGUGCACGAGACGUCCGCGAGCCGCUACCUGAGGCAGGUGUUCGCGCUCAUGGCUCUCCUCUACGGGCCCGUGCAGUGGACGCGCCUGACGCUGCUGCGGCGCGCUCCCGCCGUGCUCGACCAGUGGUUCACGUUACCGAUCUUCGCGUGGGUUCCGGUGUGGAUCAGUUUCAUAGAGCGCGGGCCGGCGAAGUGGCACGCGGCGGCAGCGCUCGAGCUGUUCUCUGUCCUUAGCUACGGCCUGGCGACGGUGCACGAGCUGGGCUUCGAGUUCGCGCUGGGCUGUCACGUCGCCCUCGCGGUGUACAAGGGGGUUCGCGUGCAGAGGGCGCACGGGGACGGUCGCACGCAGGGCUACCUGCUGCUCGCGGUGCUCUCGUGCGCGGGGUUCGUGGUGCUGAAGCUGCUGGACCACUGGCUCGCACGGUACCGGCUCUUCCAGCGGCUCACCGGACACUUCUGGUCCAAAGUGUGCGACGUGCUGCAGUUCCACUUCAGCUUCUGCUUCCUGACCACGCUGACACUGAGGACACAGGGGAGGACACAGGGGGGGACGGCAGCACGGCGGGACUGAGAUACCAGCAGGGACAAGGAGACACGAGCGGAGACGAGGGGACACGAGCGGAGACGAGGAGACACGAGCGGAGACGAGGAGACACGAGCGGAGACGAGGAGACACGAGGUUCAGUCAGAAAGUAGAAUUGAAGUGAAGAUGAUUGGGCUAUACCAUGUUCGUUGUAACACAUUACAAUUUCCUACAAAAUGGAUUUAGAGGGUAAACAACAGCUUUGUUUUGCAUUUUGUGUCUUUUGAAUAAAAGGCUACUUUUUCAGUCAUUUAUUUUCA